AUGACAGUAUUAGCAGCUUCGAUCACGACACGUAGUGGGAAACCACUUUUAUCAAGACAAUUUACCGAAAUUACCAAAGAUAGAGUAAUGGAAUUGUUGUCUAAUUUCCAAGGUCUAGUUGCUAAUAUUUCUUCAGAUCAUACUUAUGUGGAGAGUGAACAUGUUAGAUAUGUUUAUAAGCCUUUUGACGAUUAUUACUUAAUUCUAGUCACCAAUCGUCAGUCUAACAUUAUUCAGGACUUGUCUACUUUGAACUUAUUCUCUCAAACUGUUAAUUACUAUUUGAAUAGUUUUGAUGAAGGUGAGAUAUUUGAGAAUGCUUUUGAAAUUUUGAGUUCAUUCGACGAAAUUAUUGUUAUGGGUAAUAAAGAAGAUUUGACUAUUUCCCAAGUAAAUACUUAUUUGGCUAUGGAAUCUCAUGAGGAAAAGAUUCAAGAGAUUAUUGAACGUAAUAAAGAAACUGAAGCCAAUGCUGAAAGGAAACGUCGUGCGAAGGAAAUUGCUAGAAAGGAGCAUGAAAGAAAAAUGGGAAUGCCAUCUGCGGAUGAUCUAUCCUCUCAUAAAUUCAUGGGCAGCAACGAUGCUAAGAUGGAAACUGCUUAUAAUAGUUAUUAUAGCCAUGCUUCUGCUGCGGCCCAACAAUCGUUCUUGCAUUCCCAACAACAGCAACAACAGAAAGUUCAAGAUCAACAAUAUUCUAAAUACCAAGGAACAAGCAAUGCAUUUGGUGGUAGCGGUAUGAAACUAUCAGGUAAUAAUAAACAAUCUGGAGCAGUCGCCGCUAGAAAGUUGCGUCCAUUGCCAAAAGAACCAGAAGAAGAUAAACCAGAUAACAACGGUAUUUUAAUAUCCAUCAAAGAGACUGUAGGAGCUGAAAUUUCAAGGGAUGGUAGUAUAUUGUCCUCAGAAUUGAAAGGUGUUCUAGAGCUACGUAUCAAUGAUGAAUCUCUAGCUCAUGCCAAAUUGCAAUUGACUAGUAACGUGAAUGUUUCCGACAAAUCCUUUCAAUUUAAGACACAUCCAAAUAUUGAUAAGAACUCAUUUUUAUCAUCUAAAGCACUUGGUCUGAAAUCAAAUGAUAAAGCAUUCCCAUCCAAUGACCAAAGUUUGGGUGUCUUGAGAUGGCGCAAGGUCGGAACUGCUGACGACAAGUCAAUUGUUCCUUUAGAUAUCUCUACAUGGGUAACACCUUCUGAUAUUCAAGAAGGUGUCUUUGAUGUCACCGUGGAGCUUGAAAUCAAUGAGAACUAUAAACAUCCAUUGAAUGAAAUUACUUUCAAUAUCCCAAUAGGAACAUCUAAUGUAUCUAUUAGCGAUGAUAACAAUGACGUUAAUGCAACUGUCAUUGAGGCAAAUGAGGAAGAAGGUGUCAUAAUCAAAGUUGAACGCAUCGAACCAGGUAGUUCGGGUGUUUUCUCAUUUACUAUUGAUUCUGGUUCUGAAGAAACUUUGUUCCCUAUGAACGUUUGUUUCAAGAACGAAUUGGUCAGCGAGCAGAGCUUUACAGGCGUUGGUAUCUCCAAUAUUGUUAGUAGUAAAGACGAUUCUGAAGCUUUGCCUUACGAUGUAAUAAGUUACUUAAACGCAGAGGACUAUUUGGUCGUAUGA